AUGUUAAGGCGAAGGUUUCCAGCAAGAUGCUAUAGGUAUAUUUCCAAUCAAUCCAGUGCGUUGGAUUUGAACUCUUUUAAGGUGAACGAAACGUUAUCCAGUCGAUCUGCCUAUCAGCCAAAGUUAACUGAGAGAAGCUCAUUGCAGUUUAACUUUUUCUUGCAGGCGAUAUCGAAUAAUGAUAUACCCUUGGGCUUUAAAAUCAUUAAAAAGUUUGAAAAAUCCGAUUCCCGUUACUUUGAUUCAAUAUACUAUCAAUGCUUGAGUCUAUUAUUCUUUCUGUUGGUUUCAAAUAGAGAUCAUUUAAACAUUCGUAUGGUGAAGACAUUCAUCGACAUGGUGCAACAAAAAGAUGCAGCACAUAUCAAAACGCUCUUCAGGGAAGAAAAGUCCUAUGACAUGCUAGUUAUGAAGGCAAACAUAUUGAAAUGCUUGGUAUAUUGCUAUUUAAACACCCCAUCAAAGCUGAUUAUAAGAUACUCAAAUAAAGUAUUUGAGGGACUUGAUAUAAACGUAAAUGAAUUGGUGAAUAUUUUGAAAGAGGAGGAUUUAAAACACUUUGAAGAUGUAUUCAAUUAUAGUGUAGACAGAUCAGGGAAGCUGGGAGUAGAAGAACCGAAUACGGUUGUAGGAAAGGAUCCAGUAACACUCAAUAAGCUAUUUGAAAUCAUCAAAGGAAAAUCUGACGACACUCUCGAAGGUGAGAAGAAGAAGAAACCACUUUAUGAAGUGUAUGAGGAAUUACCUGAGAGUCAAAAGCUCUCAUUUUGGGAUAAUUAUAACAGAAAGAAUACAGCUAAACAAUUCCAGAUAGAGGCUUCUUGCGAAGAGGUCAAGCCAGACUUCAACAACAGAUUCUCCAAGAAAGGUACAAGAAAAGGAAGACGAGAGAUAUUCAAAUUUCAGGACGCAAAUUACAUUAUGAUGAACAAAUGGAUACUGGAUACUACUGAUCAUAUAAUAAAGAUAUUGGAAGAGAAUACUGUGGAAGACCGUGCACAUCCCGUGUACAUAUUUGGGUUUGUUCUAAGAGAUAUAAAAAUCGACCAGGUUGUUCUGACCAUACUCUCUCAUUUACUUUCGGCUGUACUAACUAAUGAGAAUGGGUUCUAUAAAUUAACUCAUCUUGUAGAUACUUGUUCAGAAACAAUAUUAAGAUACUUUAAAGCAAGCUCUAAGACGAAGAUAUCUGGUAAGUUUCUAAAUAAAGAAACUAGUAUGAAACUUAGCGAAUCGAUCUUGCAAAUACUUGUGACAAAUAGUCAUAUCGGGUCAGAAGCAUUACGAGAAUAUGAUUUGCACAAGAGUGGUACUACUUACAGAAUGCCACAUACACUUGAAUACGAAUCUAGCUUUGCUGGUCUUGGAUUUAAAACAUGCAAACUAAGUGACCUCACUCCUAGUGUCAACUCCAUAAAAACACCAAAAAUUGUAAGGAGUCAUCCUUAUUUAUUGGAUACAUUCACUGAAUUUGAUUUACAGUUGUUGAAUAAGAAAGUCUAUCUACCAAUGUUAGUGCCCCCUAAUCCCUGGGUUUCUGUACUGCAAGGAGGAUACUUGACUAACAUUAGACCAUUUAUGCUAACAGAAGAAAAAGACUCUCAUCUGCUCUACCUAGAAAGAGCCCAAAAUUCUGGUCAAUUAGCUUCUAUUUUCAAAUGUUUAAAUCAGUUGGGAGAAAUUCCAUGGGCUAUUAAUCCAGAUGUUUUGAAUGCUUUCUCCGAGUGUAUGAAGUUGCCUUCGGGGUUUUUAACAAUCCCUCCACCCUUAGAUUCACUUAAAGUUGAGCCCCCAUCUAGCCCAUAUCCAGUACAUGAUCUAAAUGAUCUGUCAAGUGACCUUAAAUCAGCGAGAGCAGCUUAUUGGAGAGAAUAUAAGAAGAAUCGACAAAAAUAUUUUGACAGUAGAAGCGAAAGAUUUAAGUACUUUUAUCUUGAAACUUCUUCAUUGGCAUUUGCAGAAAAUGGUGAUACUUUGUAUUUCCCACAUGGAGUUGACUUUCGAGGUCGUAUCUAUCCGCUAAAUUCCGUUUUGUCCCAUCACCUGGAGGAUUUGGUCCGUGGUCUUUUAAUGUUUUGGCAUUCCAAACCCUUAGGUGAAAAUGGCUUUGCGUGGUUGAAAUAUCAAUUAGCUGGUGUUUAUGGUCAUGAUAAGUUGCCAUUUGAUGCAAGGAUUAAAUGGGUUGAUAAUAACAUUAGCAAUAUAUUGAACUUGGGGAGCUCUCCUACUCCUUGGAGUGAAAGCGAUGAAAGUUUUACCUGGUGGAUGGAGAGUGAGAAGCCAUGGCAAACGUAUGCCAUAUGCAAGGAAUUUGUAAAAAUUCAUGAGUAUAAUGGUGACAUAUCUUUAUAUAAGUGUAGAAUUCCAAUCCAUCAAGAUGGAUCUUGCAAUGGCUUACAACACUAUGCAGCGUUGAGUUUGGAUUAUGAAGGCGGCAAAUCUGUCAACCUAGUCCCACUGAAGGAACGCCAAGAUGUUUAUUCAACAGUUUUAGAUCUAGUACGUGAUCAAAUAGAGAAGGAUUGUGCUGAUGGGCAUGAAAUCUCACAGCAUGCCUUGAAAUUAGUUUCGAGGAGUGUAGUUAAGAGAACUGUGAUGACUAGCGUAUAUGGUGUCACAAAAACUGGUGCCUAUAAGCAAAUACAAGAAGUUGUUAAGGCAUCACUUGAAAAAAAUAAAAAACAUAGGAGGGAAUUACUAUCUGAUCAUGAUCUUAUAUUUAUUGAAUCGAAUCUUCCGAAUUUGAUUGAAUAUUUAACAAAUUUAACAUUACAUUCAAUUACAAAGUUGUUCUCAGGGGCUAAGCUAAUUGAAAAUUGGUUAAGACUUGCAUGUGUAUUUGUUAUUAAAUCAUUUGAUGCGGAUUCAAUAAAGCAUAAGGCGAGCCUUACCAAAGUUGGCGUCCCUGAUUUCUUUGACUUGCAAUUUUAUAAACCAAUGAUGUGGAGUUCGUUAUCAGGGUUACCAAUUAUCCAAACAUAUAAGCACUACAAGUAUAAAAAUUUGAAAGUAAUGUCGGGAACAUUGAGAUUGAGGGAAUAUGACGAAAUAGGUGCAAUUGAUCUAAGAAAACAAAAGAAUGGAAUUGCUCCUAAUUUUAUUCACUCGAUCGAUUCAAUCCAUUUGCAAAUGACUUGCAUGAGUGCUAAUUCAGCGCAGUUGAGCUUUGCUGCUGUACAUGAUUCCUUUUGGACUCAUCCCUGUGACGUGAACGUGCUCAAUAAAAUAAUUCGUGAAGAAUUUGUUGAACUCCAUACGUCGAAUGUAUUAGAAUCCUUGCGUUCCGACUUGUUGUAUAUUACGCGUCAUUCCUUGCAGCUAUGUUGGAUUUCAAAAUCUGAAAAUAAAAGAUUUUAUGAAUCCUUGAGACUAAGAAGGGUAAAGGAGUUUGGAGGUAUUUAUUCUAAGCGUCAAUCGCUCAAUAUAAUCUUAUUCGAAGAAUCAAAGAAGUUAUUGAAUCCUGAUGAAAAUAGACACUUUGUCGAUGAUUACUAUAAACUUUUAGAAGAUUUUAAGCCAAAACUUUACUUUCAGUUGAAUAAAGGGACGUUGAUUCCUUACGAUGGUAACUCGAGUAUUGAAAAUGAUCUCAUGGAUGAAGAAGUUACAUUCAAUCACAAAGAACCGAUACUUGUACCUGUAAAUAUAACCCAAUGCCCACCAAAGGGGAACCUAGAUGUUACCAAAGUAACAGAAAGUGAGCACUUUUUUUCGUGA